ACAGUUUUUGUAUUUUUUUGAGCUGAGUUUGAAAGUACACUAUCUUGAUUUUCAGAAUGCACAGCAUUCACUGAGUUGAGAUCGCAUAAACUGGACUGAUACAGUCACUCGCCUUGUGCUGACAGCGGAGCCACAUCCAAGGGAUCCCGUGAAAGAGCUUGGGGAAUGGUAGACCGCAUGAUGGCAAUGAACCAUGGACGAUUCCCUGAAGCUGUGAAUGGUCUCCACCAUCACCACCCAGCGCGCAGAAUGGGCAUGGGGCAGUUCUCGAACCCACUACACCAACAGCAACAGCAGCAUGGCUACACUACUGGUAUAAUGGGAGAUCAUUUGCACUACGGAGGGGCCAAUGUAACAGCUAAUCACGGAAUUCGGCAUUCUGUGGGGAAUUUAAACGUAAACGCUGGACACCCAAACAGCAACAUGCCUCCCGGAGCGCGCUACAGCUCUCAAUUUGUGGGACCUGCCGCCGCCGUCCCCACUCAAGGACAGCUCGCUGCAAGCAUGCAGUUACAAAAGCUCAACACGCAGUACUACAGCCACCAUACACACCCCUCUCACCAUCAUUAUAUGCAUGAGUUGCAUCCUGCGAAUCAUCAACUUAACGGGACAGGACAACAGUUCAGAGACAGCAACGCGAAACACAGCACGUCCAGUUUGCCUCCACAAGCGCAUCAUGUGCCUGCAGCAAUACUGCCCCCCAACGUCAUUGACACGGAUUUUAUUGAUGAGGAGGUCUUGAUGUCUCUGGUAAUUGAGAUGGGGCUGGACCGAAUAAAGGAGCUACCUGAGCUGUGGUUAGGACAGAACGAGUUUGAUUUCAUGACAGACUUUGUAUGUAAGCAACAGCCAAGCCGAGUGAGUUGUUAAAUCUCACCAAGUGGACUUAUACAGUCAUCUACUCAAACAGACUUUAAAGCAUUCCUUGUUGUCCCCUAAACUCGAGCAUUGAGAGAGAAGAUCUGCAAUAUACCAAUGGAGAACCAUUCAAACAUGUACUACACCAGAUUAUAUAUUCCUCAAAUAUUUUGGGGUAAUAGAUUUAUACUGCAGACAUAAUGGAAAUUAGUUAGUUUGAAGUAGGAAUGCACUACAAUCUCAAUUGAAUCUUUGUCAAAAGGACAAAUCUUCACAUCCAUGCUAUGCAUCAUUACUUCAAGCUAGAAUCCUUAGUUGCUACAUCCAUUUUUGGACUUAGAAAUUAAUUAUAUAUACCCAUUGAUUCUUGAAGAAUAUAACUUAUAAAUGUCUCAUGAGCUUAGUUCAACUGUCAUACCUCAUCACCCAAAGCAAAAAGAUAAGCUUGUUUUUUGUAAAUAAUGUUGAUGUAAACAACACUGUAUAGCCUCAAAACAUGGUUAAAACUAUAAUUUUGAUAUCAUAGAUGGUCAGUCCUUGCACCAAUAGC